CUUAACAAACACAUCCUCACCCACACUGGGGAGAGAAAGUUCCAGUGCCUGGAGUGUGGGAAAAGGUUUACCCACAAGGGUUCCCUUGACAGACACAUCCUCACCCACACUGGAAAGAAGAAGAGAAAACAGCCAAAAUCAUAGAUGUUGCAGUCCCCAGUGACUCCGGCCUCAGUAGAGCUGAAAGGCACGCCCACACACUGCCACACUCCCUGCACGCCCAUGCACGCCCACAGGCAGCAGACGAGCAGUAAGGAGAGGCUGAGAGAGAGAGAGAGAGAGAGAGAGGAAGGACCGCGCACUUUGCUGUGCUCCCAGCCCAAGGCAAGCAGGCACGUGCCCACACACUGCCACACUCCCUGCACGCCCACGCACGCCCACAGGCAGCAGACGAGCCGCAAGAGGAUGGGCAUACAGUUCCAGGCCCUGCCACCACCACCGCCACCACCACCAGCAGCAGCAGCAGCAGCAGCACAGCCACAGGAGGGGGAGGAGAAGGCCCUGCUGGCACCCAACCCCCCACCAUCCCAGGACACUCUUCCCACUGUGGAGAGAUCAGAUUGUUCCACUGAGUACACCUCCAGGUACCUGACGGACUUUGAGCCGGUGCAGCGUCUGGCGCGGGGCGGGCUUGGCGUGGUGUGUCAGGUGCGGAACAAGUUGGAUGAGAAUGAGUAUGCCGUGAAGAGGAUCAACCUGCCAACCAAUUACAACACCACUCCCUGCCACACCACACCACCAACCACACUAACACUGCACCACCACCACUGCAGCAAGUCAUCUGCUGAGAGAGUGAAGAGGGAGGCGAGGGCCCUGGCCAAGCUCAACCAUGCCAACAUUGUCGUCCGCUACUACAACAGCUGGCCGGAGACGCCCCCCCAGGAUGGCAGGACCCCCAAGACGCCAUGCAUAGCCAGCAAGUCUCCUGUGUUUGUAGUGCAAAACCUUGAAUGCCGAACCACCAAAACGCAGGGGAACACCGCAGUGGAUUGUUAAACGGUCAUUUACUGUGUCUUUCCAUAGUCCUGCUUGUUUCUGUCUCUCUGUGUCUCUGUUUUUGGUGUCUCCCUCCCAAACAUUAUUUUCACAACAAGCCACAAACCAACAUCCCUUGAUUAACACUUAGAUACCUUAACUCACCCCCAAAACUCCCACAAACUGACUAACUUGUUUUUUGUUUAUUUUAUUUAUUUUGUUGAUGUAUUUUUUAUUUGAAAGUAGCCAUAUUCUUAAGGUUUUUAUGGUUCUGUUUAUUAUUAUUUGGGCUGUCCUGUGUUUGUGAUUGCUGGACUCAUAUAGAAAUGGGUAGUUUUAUUAUUAUUAUUUUUUUUUAUUUAUUUAUUUUUCUAUUAUUUUUGAUGUUUUUAUUAUUUUGUUGUUUAUUUUUGUGUUAUUUAUUUAGCCUGCCUGGCAUACAGUUAGAUUGACUGUUAUUUUGUUGUUUAUUUGUUUAUAUUGUUUUAUUUUAUUUAGUAUUUGUUUAGUUAAUGAUUUAGUGUUAUUGGUGUUUUUUGUUUAUUUGUGUAUUCAGUUUUAUUUACAGCUAUUUAUUGAUUUAUUUUUAUUGAUUUAUUUGUUUUUAGUUUUGAGUCUGGCCAACAGGGAAAAGCUAACAACAACAAUUAACCCAAAAUUACAAUUACUAUUUCUAUAUGAUUACUUUUCAUAUUAAGGAGACUGGCCAAGGCAAAACACCCUUUGUACAGUGCAACUCCUGAAACAAAAGAGGAGAAAAAUGAUUGAAGUUCCUGAGGUGUCUAAUACUCCUCUUUUGAGAUAGAAACACUGACAGGCAGCAGAGUCCCAGAGUGCACCAGUGAAGGGGUGAAACAAUGACAAUACUGCCUGGCUCUUGCACUAGUGAGGUGGACAGAAUAGGGAUGAGAAUAAAGAGAAAUUGUCAUAGGAAAUACAAACUGGCAGACUUUAGAGUGUAACAGUGAAGGGGUUGAAAAAGUGGAGGUACUGUUUAGCUCUUGCACUAGUGGGGUGGACAGAAUAGGAGAGGAUUCUUAAAAGUUUGGCAUUGUUAGCUUGAAAGAUUAUACUUGAAAGAUUAUUUAUUACAUGUUGAAAGGACAGAAUAGGGAUGAAAAUAUAUAGAAAGUCUUGUGAAGAUACUGGUUAACUCUUGUACUAGUGAGGUAGACAGAAUAGGAGGCCAUUCUAACAAGUUUGGCAGUGUUAGUUUGAAAGGCGAUACUUAAAAAAAAGACUUAUUACAUAUUUAAAGGACAGAAUAGGGGUGAAAAUAAAUGAGAAUAAGUAGAAAGUCUUGUUAUCAGGGGGACAUGAGAAAAAUUUUGGCAGUGUUAAUGUGUUUGUUACCGACUUUUUUCACCUCGCAUCACCUCUGUCUCUCUCCUGAACCUCUAAAAAAAUAUGUAUAAUGCAUUUAGACAAGUUAGGAAGGAGGUUAAGAGAGAGAGGUGAGAUGAAGUGAGAAUAUUCCUAUGUAUUUUCUGUCAUAACACCUCAUAUCACCUUUUGUCUCCCCUGAACCUCUAAAAAUAUCAACAGUGAGACAUUUAGACAAGUUAGGGAGGUUAAGAGAGAGAGAGAGGUGAGAUGAAGUGAGAUUAUUCCUGUCUCUCUCCCAGCUUAAACUUUCAAAAAUAUUUAUAAUGAGAAAUGUAGACAAGUUAGAGAGGUGUAGAGAGAUAGAGGUGAGAUGAAGUGAGGUUAUUGUUUUGUUUCUUGCCUAACACCUUUCUCUCUCUCCUUCUCUUGGUCUCUGCCUCCUCAAAAAGAGCCUGUAUUAAUGAACUGGUGAUGGUACAUGCCUAUAAUACCUUGUAACAACAUUUCAUCAUAAAAUCUGCCAAUGCUGGUUGAAUUAUAAUCAUUGUCAUUCCUCAUGCUAAGCUUAGUAUUAUUAUUAUUAUUAUUACUAUUAUUAUUAUUAUUAUUAUUACUAUUAUUAUUAUCAUGUCAUGCAUUAGUCUUUUCAUUUGUUUCCUGCACCGUCAUUGGUGCAGGAAAUAUCAUGAUGUUUUGGUUGCAAGAGUCCAUGUAUAUAUAGAUUGAGCCAUUGUAUUCAUGUUUUUCAUUGUGUGGUGUUGUAAAUAUACUUUAUCUGUAAAUAAAAAAUGUAUCCUAU